UUGUUUUUCUCGUUUAGGGGACACACAUCCUGUUACUUGAGAACCAUACGCUGCUUUUUAUGGAAUGACACUAACAAAUCAAAUUGAAGGUUCCGAUGAUUACCGCCGUAUGAACACAUCUGCGAAUGUUUCUUGAUUAAAAUUUAUACCAUUUUAUGUUUAAAUGUUGAAUUUUGGUUAAGCCGGUGCCAGGGGCCGUGGACGGUAGCUUUCACUUGACAGAACGUCCAUGAACAGGCUCAAUCAAACAGAGCCUGUACAGUCAUAUUACUUUUUGUUUAUGUUUUGGAACUAAAAUGAUUGACUGAUUAAUUGAUCGAUCGAUCGAUCGAGAACUGUUUUUGCGACUGUUGAUAGAUUCCUGACAAAACUAAAAGUAGACAUAGAAUAAGAUAUAAAUUACGGACAGUUUUUAAGUCAGCUUAUGUUAAUAUUACAGCAUGUUUGUCCCUGGAACAGUUUGCUGCAUGCUUUCUCACUUUUGUUGUUGGAUUUGAAAAGCUUGCAGGGGCAUGCUGCCAAACAGGCUUAGAUGUGAUUUGUACAAAUUUGCCAUGGGAAAUGUUAAAAUCUCAAUUAGGAUCAUGCCGAUCUGAAUUGUCAAAAAUUACAACAACCAAACCAAGUACCCUUCCUCAACCUUAUUGGUCUACGUGGGGAAGGUGGACCUGUCAACAUCAAGGUUCAGUCUGCUUUCAGACUCGGGAAAGAAAAUGUUCAACGAGAGUAGAAAAAGAUUGCGAAUUUCAGCCAGGUGAAAUGGCCACCAUCGUAAGACUUUGCUCCGAAUCGACAUGUCCAGAUUUCUUCUCAACAAAGAUAACACGCACUACAGCUACGACAACACGAGAAGCUACUACGGGUGCAGCUAAACUCGUAACAUCAGCGGCGCCAAAAACGACGGUGCCGCCACUUGCCGUACAGAUUAAUGGACCCAAUAAAGAUCACUUCUUGAAGGAAACACAGCUUGUUUGUGUCAGUAACCCUGUUGCUGACACAUAUACAUGGAAAUUCAAUGGGACAUUUUCUUUGCCAAGAGGUGUUACCAAGCAGCUUAUAUCUGGACACACGAGUGGAGGGCCUGGUAUAGAUAUUCUCCAUAUUAAAAAAUUGACAGAGUCAACAUUUGGAACGUACACAUGUGCUGCAACACUUAACGGAUAUACAGCAGAACAAUCUCAUUUUAUUGGAAUACUUGCAGAGAAGCCCACUGUGAACAUCAUUAAACCACCGGUAUCUUCAAGUUUUGCUUUACAAUGUCAAGUAACUGGAUAUCCUGCUCCACAUAUACAAUGGGACUUUGUUCCUAAAUCGAAUAACAACCGUGGUCUACCGAACGAUGUAGAAGUCAUGUAUGAGACUUAUCAGUCAACACUGUUUGUAAAUAAGUACGUCCCUGUCGAUCACACUGGUCACUGGUAUUGUAAGGCAAGCAACGCUGCAGGAACCGCUUUUAAAGAAGUACACAUUCCAUAGGUAUACUGCAUACUUCUACUCUGCAACUUUCUUUCAUAUUUUGUUGUUUUAAUGGUAGUAUUCAUAUUUUACUGUAAACAUUGGAAAAUAACAAUGUUAACAUAAAUAUU